AUGGUUACUGCUUCCAAUGUAAAGAUCGAAUUAGAACCCUACAAUUCGAUCCUAAAAAGAAAAUAUAUUCCCUAUUUGCUCUUUAUAUUUCACAUAUCUGCAUUUAUAAGUAUCAUUUUUUUACUUGACUAUUUAUGUGAAAAUAGGAACAAAAGAAGCCUGAAAGUUAGUUUUUUCUUAUGUCUUAUUACAUCAUUUACUGUAGGAUUAUCCAUAUAUUUUCUCUUGUUAUAUUUUAAUAUAUGCUUAUAG